CAGCAGGAGCAUCGCGAGCAUGGGCUCCUCAGGGGCCGCAGCAGGCUGGGGGCUUCUGGAUUACAAGACGGAGAAAUAUGUGAUAACCAGGAAUUGGCGGGUGGGCGCCCUGCAGAGGCUGCUGCAGCUCGGGAUUGUGGCUUAUGUGGUGGGGUGGGCUCUCCUCACCAAAAAAGGCUACCAGGAGCGGGACCUGGACCCCCAGAUUUCUGUCAUCACCAAACUCAAAGGAGUUUCUGUAAUCCAGAUCAAGGAGCUUGGGAACCGGCUGUGGGAUGUGGCUGACUACGUGAAGCCACCACAGGGAGAGAACGUGUUCUUCUUGGUGACCAAUUUCCUUGUGACGCCAACUCAAGUUCAGGGCAGAUGCCCAGAGCACCCGUCUGUCCCGCUGGCUAACUGCUGGGCCGAUGAGGACUGCCCUGAAGGGGAGACAGGCACACACAGCCACGGCAUAAAAACAGGCCGGUGUGUGGCGUUCAAUGGGACCCACAAGACCUGUGAGAUCCGGAGUUGGUGCCCGGUGGAGAGCGGCACGGUGCCCACGAAGCCCCUGCUGAUCCAGGCCCAGAACUUCACUCUGUUCAUCAAAAACACUAUCACCUUCAGCAAGUUCAACUUCUCCAAGUCCAAUGCCUUGGAGACCUGGGACCACACCUACUUCAAGCACUGCCAGUACGAUCCACGCUCCAGCCCCUACUGCCCUGUGUUCCACAUUGGGGACCUUGUGGCCACGGCCGGAGGGUCCUUCGAGGACCUGGCGUUGCUCGUAGUGUCUGCUGGGAUUGCGACCUGGACACCGGGGGCUCUGACUGCCAGCCCCGCUACUCCUUCCAGCUGCAGGAGAGGAGCUACAAUUUCAGGACAGCCACACACUGGUGGGAGGACCCAGGCGUGGAGGCCCGGAGCCUGCUCAAGCUCUACGGGAUCCGCUUUGAUAUCCUUGUCACUGGGCAGGCAGGGAAGUUCGGGCUCAUCCCUACAGCCAUCACUCUGGGCACCGGGGCAGCUUGGCUGGGCACGGUCACUUUCCUCUGUGACCUACUGUUGCUUUAUGUGGACAGAGAAGCCCAUUUCUACUGGAGGACAAAGUAUGAGGAGGCAAAGGCCCCGAAGGCAAGUGCCAACUCUCUGUGGAGCAAGCUGCCCAAGUGCUUUAGACAGGGCUGAGCACCUGCCCCCAUGGCCACUGCUGCUGGGAGCCAAACACCAACACCAGGGUGGCCCUGUCCAGGCUCUGGCACCCACUCACUGGCCUGUUCCUGAGGCCUGUCUCCAUUUCCUGCUGGUCGGCGGUGGGGCGCUGGGAAGGGAGAGGACACUGCCUUGGGGAUCUCAAGUAGAACUUCACCAGGAUUACGCCAGGGGUUGUAAGGGAGAAGACCACCCUCAAACUGAAGCAGAGGGCCCCUUCCGACUCCACCUCAAGCAGGAUACUGUCUGGGAGCCACAGGAGCCGGUUUUGUUUAAAGCCCUGCAGGGAAGCAUGAGCCAUGGAGACUGGGAGAGCGGGGGACCCCCCCUGCAGGAUGCCAUCCAGUGGGACUCCUGCUGUGUCUGUGUCUGGAGUCUCCCUCCCAGACUCUGUCCCCAGUGUUCCUAGCAGAGGUCUGCUCACAGCUGUCACCACUGACCCUUCUCCCCCUCCCUGUACCCCCAUCCCAGGUAGAGACCCCACCCUUCCAGUUGCCCUGUGGAUAAGGCAGAAAAAGGCCUGCGGGAGAGGUCCUGCCAGUGCAGAUGUCAUCCUUGGAAGGGCGGGACAGAAAAUCCAGCCCCCAGGGCCUCAGGAAAAUGCAUGAGCUUCUCUGUUCAGCUAAUGGGUGCCGGCCAUUUUCUUGCGGUAGUCCUCUGACCACAGAGGGCUGGGACAGGGAAGAGGGGGGACUGAAUUGGUAGUCACUGGGCCCCUGAGGACCUUCUAUAUCCCUCCCCAAUGACCCCCAACCCAACCCCCUAGAACCUGCUAUCCCAGGCAUCCUGAGAGCCUGGGGGUGAGGAGGGUGGGGGGCUGCCCUUCUGACAUUCACUGCAUCCCAAGCCACACCUAGGAACCUGUCUGGGCAGCUGCACAAAGAGGUCCUGACCCUGACUGCAGGCAACAUGGGAUGACUGGAAGGAAUGUGCCUAAAAAGGACCCACAGCAGCCUGGCCCCAGGUUUUACCCCUGGAAUCCUCCCGGGGCCCUGAAUCCUGCCUGAUAAGAGAACUUUCCCCGGUGGGGGGAGGCAGGAGAGGUGGCAGGACCCAGGCCCUGUCUUGGUCCCAGAGUGGGGCAGGGUCGCUCACCCUCCGAGGGGAGAGGCUGCUUUCAAUCAUGGGUACCUGCUGGGGAGGCUCAGGGUUGGGAAUCACCUGGCACCAGAGACUCAGCAAAGCCCUUGGGGUCCCUGCUGCCUCUCAAUCCCCAGAGCUGUGUCCAUUGGAGGUGGGCUCUGAAGGGCCAGGGUGGGACAGCAUGGCCCAUGAGGCCUGGUUGUCCACAAUGGGUGCCAUGGACCUGGUUGUCCUUGGGGCCUGGAGAAAGCUGAUGUCAUGGCUGGACAAGUUGAGUAAAGCUGGCAAGGCCAGCAGUGUCCUGUGUCGUCCUUACAGGAAGGAACGGGAGGGGGGGCAUCUGUGGUGGACGGGGUGCAGCCACGGGGAGACUAGUGGGGGUGGGGCCGGGUUGGCCUAGGGCUUUCCUGGCCCUCCAUCCUCCAGGAUGAGGCCCUAGAGCCACCACAUGGCCUGGAGCAGGCACUUGUGUGGCCCUACACAGCUGAGCACCCUGUGUACCACAUGGAACCUUCAUCUCAGAGCCCUUGAAGAGAGGGUAGAGAGACAGCCUGAGAGCUGAGGCCUGGGCAUGAACCUAGAAAUAGCUGCCGCCUCACUCCGCAUGGCAGCACCCCUAGGGUGGUCUGUGCGGGUCGUGUGGGGAUGGGCAUGGCUGUGUGCGGUGUGCCUGUGUACUGGGGUGCAUCUGUGUCCCUGGGUCAGGCACCUGCCCCACUCUGGGAAUCCAGGAAAACCAAGGAGAACCUGGAACCCCACUGCCAUUUUAAGGCAGCCUCCUUGGGGCCCAAGAUCUACUCCCUGAAUCAUCCCCCGGGGAGGACAAGUGGCGGGGGCGACCUCUCCUGUCACAGCCCCUCCUCCUCCCUACCUGGUGUUUGUAGGUCUAGGCAGGGACCUGGGCAGGGGGGCACUGGGCUGGGGUGGGAGCACACUUGGACCCAGGUGAGUCCCAGGGCUGGCACC